CUGAGCUUUUGUUAUUGUUUGUUAACGAUGGAAGUGUCUAAUGAAAUUAAGGAAGACAUUCGCAAAACUCAAUCGGACUUGAAAAAUGCAAUUCGAGUUCACCAGAUUUGGGUCGCGCGUCUUCAGGAAGAUGAAAACAACGUGCACUUGAAAACUAAAGUAAAAGAAGCUGAAAAGGACAUUAUUGUAAUUGGUCAGGCUCAGAAAUUAGUGGUCGAUAGGCUUCGUCGAGAGCUUGAACUGUACCAGCAGCGACUUCGAGCAAGAAAUAAGCAAGUAAACAUUGAAAAUGAUAACCGUUAUGUUGCUCAGCAAUUAAGGGACCAUCAGAUCCAAUACCGUAAUAGACACCGCUCUGUGUCUCUUUUAAAACCAUCCGUACUUAAUGAGAUACAUAUAAAAUCAGAAAAUAAUCAUGACGAUGCAAAAGAUAUUAUUUCUGAUUCAGAAAAUGAGACUAAAUCUUUCAUUGAAAAAGAGAAUUCAAAUCACAGUGAAAUGGAUGACAAGGAGAAAUAUCAGAGGACCUAUUCCCAAAUGCCAAAUUCAGUACAUGGUAGUAGAAAUAACUUUGCCAAUGCACUUAAUAAAGUCAAGGAGUCUCUCAUCAUAGUAAAAGUACAACAGAAUGACUGGCACGUGACAAGAUCAGACUCUGAUUCCUCAGCUGGAGUGCAGCAUUCACCGUCACCAUCACCUCCUCCACUCCCUGAGCCCGGGGAGCCCGUGACCCAGGAAACCUUUAUGAGACUCAUUGGUCUGGUGACUCACUCUCAAAGAGAAUUGCUGGAGAAGAAGCGCAAUGAGCGACGAAAAAGGUCUACCACUAGCACCAAUAGAACUGACUUCUUGUAUGGAAACUUUGAUAUGUUACCUGCUAAACGGAAGAAAUACAACAAUUUCCCGUACCUUCAAACCCACACUGAUCCACCACAAACUCGUUCAGCAAAAUUACGCAAGCAACAGUUUUCUUUUCAGAAUCAAAGCUGCCAUAACAAAACAUCGCGAGAUAAUUCUCGCGAAGGUUCACCAUCGGGUUCGUCCACAGAAAAUAAAGAUACUAAAGAGAAUAAAGGUUGGGGAAGUAAUAAGCCUGCGUGGGUGGCCGCACUACCAGCGGGGCUUUCAGUAGAGCCAGUAUUUUCUCCGGCCAAGAAAGUUUGCCACGGUUGCGGUAGAAGUGACGUGCCGUCACUAUUAGUAUGGUGUUCGGCGUGUAAGGUGUGCGUUCACACGGGGUGCGGUGUGGAGGGACGCUGCUGCAGCUGCCGCGCGCCGCUGCCUGACCCGCUGGCCACGGCGCCGAAGCACCACACGCACCAGAUCUACAGAGAUAAACUAGCAGAACGCAAACGUCUUCAAGAAAAGAACAUUGAAUUGUGCGUGGAACUUCGUAAGCUAGAAGCGCGAGCUGCAACACUCAAGGAAAAUCUCGAUGAACAUAAUGCAGAGAAGAGACAACUACUCGCAGACCAGAUUAAAACUCAACGGAACUUACAGAAACUGCUAGACUUCAUCAGCCAGUUUAAAGAGACCUCAAUAAGCAUCCGUUCCACAUCGAUUAGCGAAACUGGCAGCGAGAUUAGUAAAAGUAACGAAGAUUAAAAGGUAUUACCAGGCGUACGAGUCAAUAAGGUCUGUGGUAAAUGUUGUCUCAUUAGGUAUAGUCAGGCAUAAUAAUAUGCCAGUAGUUCAAAUAUUGUUAAUGGUUUUUUAAGCCAUAGGGUAAGGAACAGAUAAUGAAUUUUAUAUUAAAAUCCAGAGAAAGUUCCCUUCAAACUCAUCAAUAUUUUGAUCAGUGAAACAUUUAACCUAGUACAAUAUUUUUUUAUCAGUACAUAUAGUACUGAUGGUGUAUAGUAAUGUCAGUAUAUGAAUUAUUAAAAUUGAAUUUUCCCCAAAAGCCCGUAAUUUGAUAACGAAAUUGACAUAUGAACGCUUACAUAUGAAUGUAUUCUACAUAUGAAUGUAUUCUUGCAUCAUGCAAUAAUAUUUUUUCAUAGACUUGCAAAAUAACCGAUGUUAGUUUAAUUUAUGUUGAUUAUGUAUGUGAAUCUGUUGAUUUUAGGUAUAAUAUGCAUAUUUUUUUAUUCAUAAAAGGUUAGCCAAAAAAAGUGUUCAGUAUUGAUUCCUAAUAUAAUUUAACCUAGUGUUGUAGCGUAAGCGAUCAUUUACAAAAUAGUUGGAAUUCUUUGUUUUUAGCGAAAUAAGUUUAUGAAU